AUGACUGAUGCGAAAUGUGCUGAAGUUCUGGGUGUUUCUGGUACCACAGAGUGUGAUAUGCGCCAUAAAGCCUCCUCUAACAGGGAUAAUGCUGUCAUCAUUCCGAUGCUACUUUACACGAUUAUGGAUCGAAGAAAACGCAAGGUGAAAAAGAUUCGAAAGAAAACUUUUAAAUGGAGAAGAAACGUUUUGUCCAUGGCUCGGUUUUUCAAAAGGCAAAGGAACUACGGCUUCAGUCAUUGGAAACAUUCAACUGAAAGUGAAUUGGAUUAUGAAAAUUCUCCUGCCCACAAGAAAAGUGCUGCUGAUUUGAAACAGAGAGCUAAGAAGUCUGGACGAAUUGAUAAAGAACUAGCUACUGAAUUAGAAAAUGAAAUAUCGUAUUGUCGAAAUGUGUUGCGUCGGGUUGUAUCUAUAACGAAAUGUCUAGCGUCUCGUCGUAUUUCAUUUCGUGGAACAAAUGAAAAAUUCGGUUCUGUCAAUAAUGAGCACUUUCUUAUGCUUACGGAAUUACUUUCUGAAUUCGAUCCUUUCAUGGCAAAACACAUAAAUGAUUUUGGGAAUAAGGGAAGUGGAAGUACGAGUUAUUUGUCAAAAACCGCAUACGUGGAAGCUAAUGGCCAACCUGUUGAACGGUUCUUAUUUUUAAUCGAUAAUGCAGGGCAUAAAUCAGAAGAUUUAACUGAUAUCGUUUUAAUAGCAUUACAACAUCUUAAACUGGAUAUUAAACAUUGUAGAGGGCAAUCGUAUGACAAUGCGAGAAAUAUGUCAGGACAAUAUUCCGGUAUUGAAGCAAAUAUCAAACAGAGAGUUGUCCCGAAGCAUCCUUUUUUUGCAAAAGUUCAAGCCCAAGGACAAUCGAUGACUUUAAAAUCCCUAUCUUUUACAAGAUGGUCAGCUCGUGCUGAUCCCGUUUAUGUAGUAAAUAAAUGUUCACCUCAAAUUAUAGAAUCAUUGAGCGCAAUUAAAGAUAAUUUUCAUGAAAACGCGAUCGCGAGUCAAGAAGCAAAAGGCAUUCAAAUGCAACUAGAAAGGCUCGAAAUUUCGUUCCUGCUUUCUUUGUGCGAUUUUUUGCUGACACGAUUCGAUUUAGUCAACAAAAAACGGCAAGACGUCAAUUUGAGCAUCGACGAAGUUGUUAAGCAGUAUCGAGCUCUGAUUAAAGACACUCGAUAA